AUGCCAAUGGUGUCGUUACCGUCCAAAUCGGCCUUGACCUUCGCAAGUACUACGUCCACAAGACCGCUAGUGUACCACUCGGAGUACUUUCGCAAGGCAGUGCAAGGGUCGUGGAAAGAGGCACAAGAGGGCGUUAUGCGAAUCGACGACGUCCAGCCAAGUGAAUGCACGUAUCUUGGACGAACAGCAUGCCCGAAAUCGUACUCAAGAGAGCUGCUACUGACAAGCUUCGUAGUCAGUGUCUUCGCCCACUGGCUAUACAUUCAGAAAGUACCAGGAAUUCAGGCACACGACACGUGGGAUCGCAUACUCGAGAACAAGGAUCACAACCUCAGCGUCAACAUGCACUUAAACAUCAAGGCAUAUGCUCUGGGCGACAGACUCCUGGCGUCAUACUUUCGCCGCGCCAUCAAUGACGCCACCACUGGCAUCACACAUGAGGGCAAUUGCUUUCUUGGAUCAAUGAGUGCUGAAGCUUGUGGCUAA